AUGAGCGCCAUCGGCGAGGCAGCCGACCAGGAUCUGAACGCCGUGCGCACCACCAAGGAGAAGCUUCCACAGCUUCUCACGCAUCUCGGCGUGCGCCCGCGUGAUACGUUCAACUUCGACGAAACCGCGCUGUACAUUUCUGUGCUUCCGCGCAAGACGUACGGCACGGGCCGAUCGGCGGGCCGGAAGCUCCCCAAGGAACGUCUCACCGUCGGCUUAUUGGUUAACGCGGAGGGCUCGCACGCCUUCUGCCCGCUCGUCAUCUCAAAGGCUAAGCGUCCCCACGAUUUCAGGCCCGACUUCGAUCCCGAGGAGUUUUGCUACUGGCGCAACACUGCAAAGGGAUGGAUGACGAAGCUUUUCACGCACUUCAUUGAGCAGCUGGACGCUGCCAUGUACGCCGAGGGCUGCCACAUCGUGGUGCUGCUCGACAACGCAAGCAGUCACACCCUGACAACCGAGGGCGCGGUGACCGAAGAUCUCUUCGGGUUCCGCACGCGUGCGCUCAAGAAUGUGCGCCUUGUGUACCUGCCGCCUAACACCACCUGCUUCACGCAGCCCCUCGACUAG